AUGCAUCAUGCACCUAGAUACCAUAGCAUUCUAAGUAAUUUAACUUGGAACCAAGUUACCAUUCUCCGUGGGAUCGACCUCUUGUUAAGGAUAGGCUCAACAUGUAUCAUCUCCAGUCAUGUAAUUCAUGGUGAGAAUACUUAUCCAUUCAAACUUCCAGAGUGUGCAAAGCCUCAGUCUCAGCCUGUUCCAGCAUCCACAUCUCCUAGUUCUAUUCCUAUUCUAGUAUCUCCUUUGCCUUUCACUGUAGAACCAACAUUAUCUUCUUCCUCCUCUCCUUCUCAACAUCCUAAUGUGCCUCUUGAUGAUGUUAGUUCAGAAUUACGCGCUUCAGAUUUUGCAUUACAAUCUUCUGAUCAUUUUCGGGCUUCUUUAGCUUCCAAACUUCAAGUGAUGUCACUUCCUCUUGGGUUAUCUUCUGAUGUUGAUACUGGUUCACAGCUCGUAGCUACAGCUGCAUCUCCUUCUUCUACUACUGUGUCUAUUCCUCAUAAUACACAUACAUUAGAUGAACCAAAUAGUUAUAGGGUUGCUUCCUCUAGCCCUGAUUGGAUUAAGGUUAUGACUGAAGAAAUUAAGGCUUUACAAAUGCAAGGGACAUGGUGUUUAGUUCCUCCACCUCCUAACACCAACAUAGUUGGCAGUAAAUGGAUUUAUAAGAUCAAGGGGAAUGCUGAUGGCAUAGUAUCAAGGUAUAAGGCUAGGCUUGCCGCACAUGGGUUUAGCCAGGAAGCAGGUUUUGACUAUACUGAAACAUUCAGUCCAGUAGUUAGGCACACUACUGUCAGGAUUGUUUUGAGCGUGGCUGCUAUGAAAGGUUGGGAUCUUCGACAAUUAGAUGUUAAAAAUGCAUUUUUGCAUGGAGAGUUGGAAGAGGAAGUGUACAUGAGGCAGCCACAAGGAUUUGAAGAUCCUAUACUUCCUCAUUAUGUGUGUAAAUUGCAUAAGUCACUAUAUGGCUUGAAACAAGCACCAAGGGCGUGGAACUCAAAGUUUACAGGGUAUCUCCCAGCUCUAGGAUUCAAGGCCUCUCAUUCUGAUCCUAGCUUGUUCGUGAAGUCUACAGAAUAUGAUCUAGUUGUGUUACUUUUAUAUGUGGACAAUAUAAUAAUUAUUGGUUCUAAUGAGCAACUCAUUCAAGUAGUUAUUAGUGAUCUUGGAUCUGUGUUUGAUGUGAAAGACAUGGGUAAAUUGACUUACUUUCUGGGUCUGCAAGUGUCAUAUCCUACACCUGGUGCAAUCUUUGUCAAUCAGACCAAGUACGUAGGGGAUCUAUUGCACAAGGCUGGUAUGACUACAUGUAAAACUUGUCCAACACCUUGUAAGCCACAUACUCAGGUGUUGUCGACUGGUGGUGAACCUUUGAAGGAUCCUACUCUAUAUAGAAGCAUUGUUGGAGCUUUACAAUAUUUAACUUUUACCAAACCAGAUAUAGCGUAUUCAGUAAACACAGUCUUCCAGUACAUGACCAAUCCAACUGAAGGUACUCUUACAUAUGGUAUUCACUUUGGUCCUGUUCCUUGGCACUUGUCUGCAUAUAGUGAUUCUAUCUGGGCUGCAGACCCUUCCACCAGAAGAUCUACAACAGGCUGUGUUGUUUUCCUUGGUGCAAAUCCAAUUUCAUGGCAGUCUAAAAGGUAA